CCUUGUACCGACUGCUCCUCAACCUCUCUUUCUCUCUAUUCUCCCUACUUUACUUAUUUCCUUCAAACUUUUCUCCUCUCGUCCCAUCAUCAUCAUGUCCUCCCAUACCAAUCUCCACUCUCCUAAACCGGAUCACCGUACCACCGGGACACCCCAUACCAAAAAACCACCGUCCUCCUCCACCUCUCAAGACCAACAAACCCUAAAAUGCCCUCGUUGCAACUCCUCAAACACAAAGUUCUGUUACUACAACAACUACAGCCUCUCUCAGCCUCGUCACUUCUGCAAAUCUUGCCGCCGUUACUGGACACGUGGUGGUGCCUUAAGAAACGUCCCCAUCGGUGGAGGUUGUCGGAAAACCAAAAAAACAUUCAAACCUAACUCAGUAAUAACUCCUUCUUCUUCUUCAUCUCAGAGAUUUUUCUCUUCAAUCAUGGAAGACUCCACCAAGUUCUUCCCUCCUCCAACAACAAUGGAUUUUCAGCUCGCUGGUUUGUCUCUCAACAAAAUCAACGAUCUUCAACUUAUGAAUAAUCAAGAAGUUCUUGGCCUUAGGCCCAUGGACCAGGUCGAGACAACACCCGUUGAUGUCGGGUCGGGUUUAUCUUUAAUGGGUUUUGGAGAUUACAGCAACAACAACCAUUCAACGGGGACGUUCACAACCGCCGGAGCAACCGACGGAAACUUAGCAACUUCGAUAGAAACUUUGAGUUCUUUAAACCAAGAUUUGCACUGGAGACUUCAGCAACAGAGGAUGGCUAUGCUUUUUGGUAGCUCCAAAGAAGAGACUGUCGUUGUGGAGAGGCCACAGCCGAUACUUUACAGGAAUCUCGAGAUCGUGAACUCAUCGCAGUCGCCGACGAAGAAAGGAGAUAAUCAGACAGAAUGGUAUUUUGGUAAUAAUAAUGAUACUGAAGGGGUGGCUAAUAAUAAUAAUAAUACAGGAGGAAGUGAGCAAUGGAACAAUGGAGUUCAAGCUUGGACUGAUCUUAACCAUUAUAAUGCUUUGCCAUGAUUAUUGGUAAGUUAAAAGGAACUAUAUUAUGUGAUCAGAUAUUUAAAAUUAUGUGUGUUUCUUAUGUAAUGCCAAAGAAUAUUUAUGUUUGUAGUAUUUGUUGGGUUGGGUGUUCUUUGUAGUCAGUUUUUGUUGUUGUUGUUGGUUACCAUUUAGAAUUAUAAAUUUCAAUUUGUAAACAAAAAUUUAAGAAUUGAGAGAUAUACUAUAAUAGAUUCUCUAAA